GGAGGCGGGGCAGGCCGGAGAGAUUCGGGAGAGCCUCCAGGAGAUUUGAGUCUCUCGGAGGUGCCAGAAAACUUGAGCCCUCUAUCCCUUCUACUAGAGCGGAGCAGCCCCCCAAAGCCCCCGUGGACCUCGCCCCCGGGGCCGAUCGGCAGAAGUUCCUCAUUCUCGCGUGGAAGCGGCGAUGGCGACGGCGGCGGAGUUUAAAACCAAUGCGGAUCAAGCUUGCCGAGCUGCAGAAGAGUUCGUUAACGUAUACUACGAUACCAUAGAUAAAAGGAGAAGGAUGAUGACUAGAUUGUACCUUGACACGGCUACUUUGGUUUGGAAUGGAAAUGUUGUGAAUGGACAAGAUGCUUUGGGCAAAUUUUUUGAUGCAUUGCCUCCCAGUGAAUUUCAGAUCAACGUAGUGGACUGCCAACCUGUUCAUGAGCAAGCCACUCAGAGCCAAACAACUGUCCUUGUGGUGACCUGUGGGACGGUGAAAUUUGAUGGGAACAAACAGCGCUAUUUCAACCAGAAUUUCCUGUUGACAGCUCAAGUCAUGCCAAACAGCACCGUGUGGAAGAUCGCGAGUGACUGCUUCCGGUUCCAGGAUUGGUCUAGUUAGGCCUGGCGAAAAAUGGGACUCUUGUCUCUGGCCCAAAUGCUCCAGUAUUCUUUUUUUUAAUGUUUUAAGUUCUUUCAUGUUUUCCUAUUGUCCAGUUCAUUUCAGAAGUGUAGUAAACCCACAGUGUGCCAAAGUUGAUAUGUCCUUAAAAAUAGUGUAAAUUCCUAGCAGCAACUUUCGUGGUAUCUCUUAAAAGCAGUGGAAUUGUGUUUGUCUGUAACACUCCUUUAAAAAUACUCUGUUACUGAAAUGCUGAGCUCUUACUGCUUUGUUAAAAGGGUAACUACAUCAAGAUAGCAAAGAGUAUAAUCCUGAUCCAUCACAAAAAGGGAAUGCUUUGUGUCCCAUUGGGCCUUAUCUUUAGCUUAGCUUUGCACCAUGGGAUAUACACGGUUGUACAGGGUUAAGAAUACACAAACACUUACCUCUUUUCAAUAAAUGUGAAAGUGGCCUCAACUUAGGAACCAUCUAAGUCAGGACACAAAACACUGCUGAUUUUUAUUGGCUGGGUUUUCAUAACUGCUCAGAUGUUCUGGAAAUGUACUUGUGAAUUGGUGUUCGCAUUGUGAUUUUUAAUUAAUUAUAAAGUUAGUAUUAAAAACCAGUAGAACCAAACUGUUUGUGAAACUCUAUAUGUUUGAAUAAAAGAAUC